AUGAUGAAGCCAGACACGCCACUGGAUUACGCUGUAUUUCAGCUGUCACCAAAGCACUCACGAUGCGAAUUGUUUGUUUCCAGUGAUGGGACCACAGAGAAAAUAGCUUCAGGAUUGCUUAAACCAUUCAUUUCACAUUUUCAGAUUGCAGAGGAACAACUCUCCUCUUUUUCUCCGUCAGUUAAGCUUGAAGUUGGGCGACAGAGAAACACUGAAACGUGGUUCACUAAGGGAACACUUGAGAGGUUUGUAAGAUUUGUAAGCACUCCUGAGGUUUUAGAGCAAGUCAAUACUUAUGAUGCCGAGAUGUCACAGUUGGAAGCAGCUCGAAGGAUAUACUCCCAGGGAGCUGGAAAUCAAGUUUCUGGUGGAGGUGGAGCUGGUGUGACAGCUGCAGAUGAUGCUACAAAGAAGGAGCUUCUGAGGGCUAUCGAUGUAAGGCUUCUUGCAGUGCGGCAGGAUCUAUCUUCCGCUUGUGCUCGCGCUGCUGCUGCUGGCUUCAACAUUGACUCUGUCUCAGAACUUCAAAUGUUUGCAGAUUGGUUUGGUGCUCAUCGGCUAAAUGAAGCAUGUGGGAAAUACCUAUCACUAAGUAAGAGACGGCCUGAAAUCAUCCAACUAUGGAAAUAUGAACCCAUUGAUCGGGCACUUCGUUCCUCGUACGGGUCAGACAUGUCCAUCGAUGAUGAUCCUACUUCUCCACCACCCUGCCAAGAACCUGCCAUGUCUGAGAAGCCCAAUCCCCCAGUCGGCACUUACCCCUUAAGUCGUACCAUCAGCAGAGAAUCUACUGUCGACAUGGAAGAGUUUAAAAAGCCUUCCGAGACGUUGCCAGAAAAAGAUAGGAAAGAUGAAAACUCGACUCCCAAUCCGCCCGUGCCGAUUCAGGCAAGUCAGCAUACAAGGCGGCUCAGUGUUCAGGACAGGAUAAACAUGUUUGAGAACAAACAAAAAGAGAGUUCCGGGGGAAAGCCUGCUGUUGUGGCGAAGCCUGCUGAGCUGCGUAGGCUGUCAUCUGACCUUUCGGCAUCAGGUGGACUCCCGGAGAAGGCGGUUUUGAGGAGGUUGAGUGGAGCUAGCGAUAUGAGCAUUGACUUGACUGUUGACAAAAAAGAUUCUGAAAGCCCUUCUACAGUAGUUUCACAUGACAAAAAGGUUUUGAAUUCGAAUGAUGAUAUCCCUGGGGUUUCUUCUGCCUCUAAACCAGAGAUGAAGCUGUAUCCUAGUUUGGGCCAUGUUAGUGAUAGCGGUGAAUCUAAUGCAGUGUCUUCCAAUAACUCUCAGCUGCUUUCUAAGUCUAAUAAGUCUAACUCGUAUUUGGGUUCUGGUGAAAGUGAUGGCUUGAAACAUCAAGUGCUUGGAAAGGCUCAGUUGAGGUCUUUUAUAAAUAGGACUGACGAUCAGAACUGUUCGGAAGACAGUUGUAAAACUUCAGAUAGUGCUAACAACGAGGGCGCUGUCAGGUUUCAGGAUCCAAGGAAAGUGAAGGUUUCUGUGGGUGGAGAAGAAUAUGGCGGGUCCCACAUACGGAUUAUUGACGACAAUGAUCGGGCUUCUUCCAUAACCAAUACCAGGUCUUCCGUAAGCAAAGGAGGGCAACCGUUUGAGAUGUUUAAUCAAAGUGAGAAUUUAGAAUCAAGGGAGGAGUCUAGCAAGCAAAGUCAAAAAGCUAACCAGAAAGCUGCCGUGGAGUCGGGGAUACUUGAAAGUGAAGCUGGUUCUAAAAUUAAAAGGGCAUUUGCUUCUCGUUAUAAAGGUAAUGAAGGUGUGAGUUCCACUUCUGCCCAGAAAGAGGUAAAAUCUGUUGGGGAGACUGAAGUUGCUGAAAAGAAAAUCUUACACAUGUCUGCAAAAAAAUCAACUACUUCUAUGUUGAGCAAUGAUGAUUCGGGGCCUCAAACACUGAAGGUGAAUAGAAAAGGUUUGACAGUUGAAUUAAGCAAGAAGGCAAGCAUUCAACGAGAUGAGAGCAAUUUUAGUGGCAACAGGAUUCGGUAUUCCAGUAAAAUCGUGACAGGGGCUCAGGAAGGCUUUGAUUCCUUUUCAACUCCACCUCCGGAGCAAGUUCAAAGGACAAAACAGUCAAAGGUUAAUCAGGAACUUAAUGAUGACCUAAAAAUGAAAGCAAAUGAGCUCGAAAAAUUAUUCGCUGAGCACAAGUUGCGAGUCCCCUCAGAUCAACCCAACACCAUACGAAAGGGAAGGUCAGGUGAAAGAGAAACACAAGUUGAUCCGUCAAGUACUUUACAGUACACAAAACCAGUUCCAGAUGUUGCUCCUCAAUCGUCUGACAUUCACCAGUCAACUGAACCCACUAAGAACUCGACCAAGUUCGUUGUUGAAUCACCCCUUGAUGCCAUAAAUAAGAAUUUUUCGGAGCUCAGUAUAGAAGAGGGCUCUCGAGGGAAAUCCUAUGACCGGUAUAUGCAGAAAAGGGAUGCAAAGCUGAGAGCUGAGUGGAGAUCCAACAGAGCAGAGAAAGAAGCACGGUUGAAGUCUAUGCAGGAUAGCCUUGAGAGGAAUAAGUCAGAGAUGAAGGCCAAUAUCGCAGGAUCUGCAGAAAGACACAAUUCAGUAUCAAGUGCCCGUAGACGUGCUGAGAGACUCAGAUCGUAUGGUAAUAGCAAGUCAGUUAUAAAAAGCGAGCAGCAAGACUUAGAUUCUGUGGGUAGUGAGGAGGAUGAGGAAGCAUUGGAUUAUAUUGAGCAGAAUCACCUCCAUGGGAAUAGGGCUUUAGAUAACAACACCUUGUUUAGGGAUAGUGCUUCCAGUAGGGGUGCACAGGGGAAGAAGCAUUUACCCGCCAACAGAAGCUUGUCAUCCACUACCCCUCGCACCUCGGCAACGUCCAUCCCAAAAUCUGUCACAAAAAAUUCCGCAAAUUCUGGGAAAAGAAGAAUGCAACUGGAGAAUAAUCCACUCGCACACUCCGUCUUAAAUUUUUCUGACUUGAGAAAAGAAAAUGCCAAGCCUUCUUCUGGAGCCAUUAAAACGACCCGCUCACAGGUAAGAAACUAUGCCCGCAGCAAAAGCACCAAUGAUGAAGCAGUUAUUUCCAGGGAGAAUAAGCUACACCGGUCGCAUUCGUUGAGGAAAAGCUCCGAAAAUCCAACUGACUAUGGAGAAAUUUCGCUACUGGACUCUGACGGUGUUAAUCUGACGCCAAUAAAAUUCGAUGUCGAAGUUAUGAAAAGUGUUGGGACAAAGCCUUUUCUCAAAAAGGGCAGCCGAGCAAGAUUUGUUUCUCAAGCUAGUAUUGCUAAAGAAAAGGCCUCCCUUGUGUCUGAGUUGGUUAAAAAUGAGGAAGAAAGUAACGUUGUGGAAUCUGGAACUGAUGAGUUUGCAAGUGCAGGCGAGAAUGAUGUUGAUGAAGGCUUUGAGGCUUUCAACUCUGAAGAUCAGAAGAUUUUCAGUAAUGAAGGGGAAACAAAACAGGGACUGGAAUCAGUGAAGCUCGUAAAAUCUGGUUCAGAAAAUUGUGAUAUGACUACAUUUUCUGAUUUCAAUCAGGCUUUGGCAUCCACUGGUGAAUCUUUGCAAGAUUGGCCUGAGGAAAGUCCGAUUUCAUGGAAUUAUUCACACAGGCAAAACCCCUUUACUUAUCCUCAUGAGACGUCUGAUGUUGAUGCCUCGAUGGAGUCUCCUGGUGGAAGUCCUGCUUCAUGGAAUUCGAACUUGUUUAAUCAAAUAGACAGUGAUUCAAUCCGGAUGAGGAAGAAAUGGGGAACAGCACAAAAACCCAUGCUGGUGGCUCAGACAUCCAAUACUAACUUAACCCGCAAGGACAUGAAGAGCAGCUUCAAACGUUUACUUAAGUUUGGAAGGAAAAGCCGUGGCUCAGAUGUGUUGGUUGACUGGAUAUCGGCUACCACAUCUGAAGGAGAUGAUGAUACUGAAGAUGGUCGGGAUCCUGCCAAUCGAUCAUCUGAAGAUUUGAGGAAGUCGAGAAUGGGAUUUUCUCAUGUUCAAACUUAUGAGGAUAGCUAUAACGAGGAGUUUUUUAAUGAAUCAGGUAAUUUAUGA